GCGUGCAAGCUCAAAGCGCCGAUGCCAGCCGGCUAGCGACUUGUUUACGCUUUGCACACAAGCUACCGGUUCACAUCACAGUCACAGGAUAUUAUCAUCGCACGCGAAAGGAUCGAAUAACGGACAAUAAGGAUAAAUUUAAAUGGAAGAAUUGAGGGACAACUCCAAGAAGGAAUCGCUGAGAAGGUCGAGAGCUCGGUAUGAAGAGAGAGAGAGAGAGAAAAGAUCAAAGAGGAAGCAUAUAGUUUUGAUGGAGAAAACUUUCCUUCAGUGGAAUGAGACCAAGUCAAGGGGAGGCUUCGAAACGAGCGAUGAGCUGGCGGAAUCAUUGCUGGCAAUGUUCAUCACGCAAACGCCAGUUAAAUCUGCUGAAUCUGCCCAUGGAACUAGAGAUAUGGAGAUGUUCCCGGUUACAUCAUCCACACCAUUUCACCGAAAGAAAGACAUUCAUCUACACAGUUCCACAGCUGUCGAUCCUCCCUCUGAAAAUGGAUCCAGUCCAACUGUGUCUGGGAUUCAUUCGCUGCAUGAGGAGUGUGCAACAGUAGAGCUUGAAGAGCAGACACUGGUCAAUCAGGGAUUAGAUGCCAACAUCAGUUAUACACAUGUGGCCACAUCAGAGUGGUUUGAUGAGGAGGAGGAGGAGGAGGAGGAAUAUGAAACGGCCUAUGAAGCUGACAGUGACUAUGAACCAGAAAGCGAAUUUCAACCCGAAAUUACCUUCCAUGAAGGACCACUCCCUAAGGACAUCGAUGUGAUUGGUGCGGAGGAGGAGGUCUUAGGGGAGCUACCUCCACAACAGCCAGACGAACCAUGUGAGGCAUUCACAAGGAGUGGCCUCCAUGCCAAAGUCACACCAGCACAGGCUGCAGAAACAAACUUCUGUAUUGUCUCGUUGAGUAGACUCAAGAGCCUGUGUAAAGAAGUGAGGUCAUCCUGCAAGUGCGGAAAAGAUUUAGAUGUCGAAAUUACACCAUCUGGCACAUCUGUGCAUGUCAAAUGGGUUUGCUCGGAUGGCCAUGUUACAAGCUGGUGUGGGCAGGAAACCCUACAAAGGUCUCAUGUGGGAGACAUGAAACUGGCCUCGGCUAUUGUCAUGACAGGCAAUAAUUUCAAUAAGGUGAGCCUGUUAGCCAGAUUCAUGUCCCUGAACAUGAUAUCUAGUUCAACUUUCUAUGCACACCAGCGUAAGUACAUUGCCCCGACCAUCGAGAAGAAAUGGGAGGAAGUGCAGGCAACUGUGUUGUCCAAACACAAGGAGGGAAGGAUAGUUCUUUGUGGUGAUGGUCGCAAUGAUUCACCAGGAUUUUGUGCGCGGUACCUGACAUACAUUCUCAUGGCACAUGACACGAAAGACGUAGUUGACGUGCAGGUGGUUGAAAAGAGAGAAACCGGGGGGAAGAGCCCACUUAUGGAGUUGGAGGGACUGAAGCGGGGUCUUCACAAACUUGAACAAGAAGGGGUGCAGAUUGAUGAACUGGUGACCGAUGCUCAUCCUUCAAUUACCCGCUAUAUGAGAGAGAAAAGGCCCACCAUUCGUCAUUCCUGGGAUGUAUGGCAUGCUGGGAAAAAUCUUGGGAAGAAGCUAACCAAGGCAGCAGGCAAGGUAUCAACAUGUGCACUAUUGUAUUGGGUGAGGCAUGUCGUGUUUCACUUUUGGUGGUGCGCAGAGACAUGUGGCAGGAGCAGUCGAGCAUUUCUUGCCAAAUGGAGAGGACUGACCCAUCAUGUAACUGACAAGCAUGAGUGGGUGUCUGGCUUGGAUGAAGGCACAGUGACCUGCAGUCAUGAGGAGUUACCUGAGAGGGAGGAAUGGUUGCAAGCAGGAUCUCCUCCACAUCGUGCAUUGGUAGAGUUAUGCUAUGAGAAGCGGUUUUUGUCAAACAUUGAGCGAUAUGUGACAUUUAGGCACACUUCCACCAUUGAAAGCCUGAACAAUCACAUUCUUAUGUAUGCUUCAAAGCGAUAUUCAUUUGGGUAUCGUGCAUUUCGGGCACGAAACUUUAUGGCAGUCAUUGAUUACCAAGCCCACAAGGAUAGACCUUACAAGAAGGAUGCAAAUGGCGAAAAAAAGCACCAAAUCAGAUGGUCCAAACAUGCAAGGCAGUAUGUAGCCGUUGGUGUAAAAGAGGCAAAAACCUACCCCUACCUGAGAGAAAUGAUGGAGGAAAUCUUCAUCAUGCGCGCAAAUGAUCCUCUGCCACUCUCCUCUCCUAUCGAGAUGCUGGAAACUGAUCCACGCCGUAUAAGGCCACGACUUGAAACAGCAAUGCCUCUACCCAAUGUUCAAGAAAUUUUGGAGAGAAGGAGGAGUAGAUUUGCCGUAUGAACUUUUCAGGAACGUGACCAUCUCGGACCCAUUGUUGGAAUCAUUCCAAAAUAAGUUGCAAAAUGGAAACGAAGCUAAAUGUUGGUUUUCUUUCAUCCAAUCUGAGACGCUUGCAAUUUUCUUUCCUGAUUGUAAACCAGUUCAUAUAAUCCAGAAAUGAACUUAUUUGGAUUUUCUAAACCCAAAAUACUGGACCAGUCACCAUAAGGAACACAAUGAUACAUGCAGUUGUGCACAAAUGUAUAAAAUUGUCUUGGUAAAAAAAAAUCACUAUAUAAGGAUUUCAACUUGUUGGAAUAGUUGACUGUAUUGCAUAGCUGAUAUUAAUUUUCUUUUUCCUUUUUGAGUAAGUUGUAAAACAUAAUUUAAAUGAAACCAUAUGGACAACAGCUGAAAUCAGUUUUUUAUUCAUGACUCCAUCUACUUGAAGCGGUUGGCAGAGGCACUAAUCUUUGAGGGCGUUUGUCCUUUGUAGUUCCAUUUUCAUGAUAACAUCUGACGGGUCAGUGUCUGACUUAGUCAAAGUUUACAUGUAGGAGUGACAAUUUGAGUAGUGUUUCGGAUCAUGUGAUGUAAUUUACAGAGGUCAUUGCAUACAUUUGAAUAUCUCACUGUCAUGAUAUUGAUUGAAGGACUUUUGGGAUCCAAUUCAAAUUUACAUUGUGUACAUAUUGCAAUGAUAAUGAUGUGAUUAGCUUUUAAUGACACAGAGGUCAUAAUGUAGUGCUCAAAGAAUAUAUCUUUUUGCAAUAGCUAAAGAACAUUUUUAGUAUGUGUGCACAUAGGAGGACAAAGAUCUGAAAGACUUUUCUGUCAUAAGGUCAAAGGUCACAGGGUCUUCUAUCUUUCUCGUAAUGAAUGAUGUUCUGAGUGAUCAACAGCAAACAUGGUUCAAGUAUUCUUGCACUUUUCAAGGUAUUGUUGAUUUUAUCUUCCUAUCUUAUCCAUAAUAGGGAGAAAAUUAUCACCAAAAUUGUUUUUGUGAAGAUGGCCAUUUGUAAGUUCCAUACCAAUAGGUCGUUGCAAGAAACAUUGCAAGCCACGUUCUAGCAGCACAAAUUAAAUUGGUGAUCGAUUUGAAACUCUGCUUUUGUGCCAUGAAAUCUUUUGUGCAAUGAAGACGAUACCCCCCCCCCCCCCUUUUUUUUUUUUUUCGUUUCAUUUUCCUUGGUAUUAGGACAAUUCUAUUAUCACAAACUUUGGUUGAAUGAAAUCAACCACUUGUAAUUUCCACUUUAAAUUUUGUCAUUUAAUGUAGAUAAUACUCCUAUCUCCCCCCAUUUCACGGUAUUGUUGGUUAUCCUACUUUUGAAAGAACAACAAUACCAUUAUUACAUAUAGAGUACCAAAGACUCAUGUCGUCAAUUUUCCUGUUUUGCAUGUCAGCAUUUUUUACACAUUUUGGUAUAGCAUGAUUAAAAAACCCCUAUAAGCCAAAGUUGGUGGGAUUGGUUCAUGGGGCCUUAAGAUAUGAGGUCUUAUCUUCGAGCCCAUGGACUGAUUCCCACCAAAUCGGCUAAUAGGCAUUUUUCACAUGCUCUACCAAAAUAUGGUAUCGAAUUCGAUGAAAGCCAAGUUUUUUGUGACAUCACUUGGGUACUCUAUUUCAUUGAAGAAAAUAAUUUGUAUUGUCCACACAAGUUGCUCAAAAUCAACUUUAGAACUGCUGUAAAUUGCAACACACCAUCCUUGCAACGGCCCAUUAACUUUUUUCACUCAAUGAAGAUGUAAAUAUCCCCCACUGCCUUCUCUACAUUUUCUUUUAAACUCUUUCCUUUUCUUGUAACCAUGAUAUGCAAAUUACCAGAGACUACACCACUCACACGUUUUAUCGGGGAAGAUCAACAAAUAUCUUUGGUUUGGUUUAAUGAAGAAUAACAUAUCAAAUAUAGGAAACAUGCAAAAGUAAAUAUUACAAUUUUUAUUUUCAAAAGUCCAAGGAAUUUGUAGACCAGUGGGGUGUUUCACAAAGAUCUUUUAAAAGUAAGAUUUUUAGAGUUGCACUUAAAUUUCCAAAUGCAUGCAUUAUAAAAAGUAUCACAUGGUCAAGUCAUGUUAUGAAAGAUGACAUGCUCUACUGCAUAUCAAUUAAUCAAUUAGAUUGCGUGUCACACUCGACUCCUUGUGAAAAUAAACUCCAAAACAUCUAUUGGAAAAUUGAUUUGAUCUUGUCGCACUUAUUCCAGUCGUUCAAAGUACAGUAUAUGUUCUUAUUUUGCCGCACUUAUUCCAGUCGUUCAAAGUACAGUAUAUUUUCUUAUUUUGUGACAAGCUGGAUAUCAAAUCCUGUUUAUUUCUGUUAUUCUCAGUUUUAUGUUGUCCCUUUUGUCACCAGCAAUAUUUUGAGAAGGAAAUAAUUCUACGACCAAAAAAUAAUGUUCCUCUUUAGAAUAGCUGUACAGUAUUUGUCCUAUGAUUAUUUUUACAUGACAUUGCAAACUCAUAAAUAUAAGCAGAAGCCAGUAUUACAACUGAACCCAAACCGUUCAACCAUUAGAAGAACAUAAGUUUGUUCAUGCUUUUAUAUGAGGCACCUGUGGUGUAACUUGCCUACAUCGCCAAAAGAAAGUUGUUGUUUUUUUCUUUCAAAGGACAUGAUUUUAUGAUCAUGGCAUUCUUUAUACAUAUAAUCGAGGUACAAAUAAAUGUUUAGAAAUAAAACUACAUGAAAAAAUAAUGGUCCUCAGUUGCAUAUUGUAUAAUCAUUCGUAUAAAUCCUUUCACUGAUACAUUUUACAGUUUGUCUCUAUUUUCUCUCAAUCAGAAACGGUUACCUUUUAUCAUUACAACUUUCAUGCUUAUACAAUGUACGAGUAUGUUUUCAACUAAGGUUGCAUGUCAAAAUAAGGUCCAUCAAUGAAUGUAACUUUAAUUGCAUUGAUCUACAGUUACAAUGUGCAUAUACAUGAACAAAAUAUAUCUAUAUCUUGUCAGUUGCUAUAAUGUAAUGACAUGGCAAUGUAAUUAAGUAAGCUACUUCAAUAUGGUGUAUCUGAUCAAUAUGUCGUAAGAAUCAAACAUAUACCAUGGAAAAUGACAUAGAACAUGUGCACCUUAUAAUGUCUAAAACAACUCAUUUUUAUCUUGUGAAAAUAACCGGUCAGCCUGGAAACUGGGCACCAUGGGAGAUAACUGUAUCUUUGUUACCACACAGUUGAAGUAGUUUCAAAGAGAAAAGUGGUGUGUGUUGUCAGUGGUUCAUUUAUAUAUCACCCCUGAUGCGUAUGUAACUUGUCAAACAGAAUAAAUCGUAGUGAUGUAAUUUCUUCUUACAUCCCAUCUUGAUGAAAUUGAA